CUCCCUCCGGCCUCGCCCGAAGAGAGGAUUUCGAGGCGGGGCGGCCGAGGCGAGGCACGGCCGGCGGCGCGAGGGGGUAGCAUGCGCCCCUGGGGCCGCUGCCGGGCGACCCCGCCGCAGCUCCUCCGCCUCCUCGCGCGCGGCCCUCCCGGCCGGCCGCGGCCUAGCGCCGUCGCCAUGGCAACCGAAGCCCCCGCGGGCCUGGACGAGGCCCUCCGGCGCGCCGUCCCGCCGCUGCCGCCCUACGAGACCCGCGAGAAGGCGGCGGCGCCGGCCGGGGCGGCGCUGGAGCAGCGAGGCGCCGAGUUCAUGCGCUACUACCGGGCCCUGGGCAGCGGCGGGGCGCGGGCCGAGCUGCUGAGCCGCCUGGCGGGCGACUUCGGCGUGGAGCACGGGCGGGCGGCCGAGGGCUGCGCCCGGGUGCUGCGGCUGCAGGAGGCGGCGGCGAGGGGCGGCGAGGCGGGCGCGCUGCUCCAGGCCGAGGACCGCCUCCGCCACCAGCUCACGCCGCGCUACCGCGGCCUGUUCCAGCACCUGGGGCGGCAGGAGGGCGGCCUGCGCUUCCUGGUGGAGCUCCGCGGGGACCUGCUCGAGGCGCUGACGGCGCGGGAGGCCCAGGGCCCGCACGUCCGGGAGAUGAAUGGAGUACUAAAGAACAUGAUGUCAGAGUGGUUUUCCGCUGGAUUCUUAAACUUGGAACGAGUUACAUGGCAGUCUCCCUGUGAGAUUCUUCAGAAGAUUAGUGACAGUGAAGCUGUGCAUCCUGUCCGAAAUUGGAUGGAUAUGAAGCGCCGCGUUGGCUCCUACCGAAGGUGUUAUUAUUUUGCCCAUUGUGCAAUACCUGGAGAGCCACUGAUAGUUUUGCAUGUUGCACUUACUGAUGAAAUAUCCAGCAAUAUCCAGGCCAUAGUAAAAGAGGCUCCCUCGCUAGAGGCAGAAGAUUUGGACAAAAUUACCACAGCAAUUUUCUACUCAAUCAGCUUGACUCAGCAGGGCCUGCAGGGUGUGGAGCUUGGGACAUAUCUUAUCAAGCGAGUUGUUAAAGAACUGCAGGUCGAAUUUCCUCAGAUCCAAGACUUCUCGACUCUGUCCCCCAUUCCGGGAUUCACCAAAUGGCUCAUUGCACUGCUUUCCUCACAAUCCGGUGAACUGGGCAGGAGCAAUCCAUUCACAGAUCCCGAGUUCCAAGAAAUCUCUGAGGUCACGGGAGACCCGGCCAUUGAAACUUUAAAACGCCUUUUCACGAACAACGGGUGGGUGAAAUCCGAAAGGCUGGUUUGCGUCUUACAGCAGCCCCUUAUGAGGCUUUGCGCCUGGUAUCUCUAUGGAGAGAAGCACCGUGGCUAUGCGCUCAACCCAGUGGCGAACUUCCACCUUCAGAACGGUGCAGUGCUGUGGCGCCUGAACUGGAUGGCAGACACCAGUCCCCGCGGCAUGGCGGCCUCCUGCGGCCUGAUGGUCAACUAUCGUUACUUCCUGGAGGACACGAUGGCCAACAGCGCCACCUAUCUUGGGACUAAGCAGAUCAAAGCUUCAGAGCAAGUUCUCUCCUUGGUAUCUCAGUUUCAGCAGAACAGCAAACUUUAAAUAAACGAGGCAGCUUGAACGAGCGAAUACCGUUCUGGCUAAAUGGGAAUCUCGACACGCUCCUGCUUAGAAAGAGGUGGGUUGCUGAUGAGCCAGUAUGCUCUCUGCUGAAUCUUACCAGGAUCUGCUGUUGAGUUGUCACGGGUUCUCACUGCUGCCUUGUCUCACCAGAGAGGAGGACUGCAUGAUUUCUAGUGAUUGAUUCCUCCAGCAGCCUGAAUUUCAGGCUUGUUGAACUCGCCUUAGAGAAGUGGGAUGCUGGGGGUAGUUUCUGUGAACAGUGAGUUGUCCCUUGCCCUUCUCACAGAUCAAUAGUCUUGUUUAAUCCGCAUCUUUGAAAGCACUAAUGAACAACUGAGUGCUCUUGCACAUUAAAGGGAGGGGUGGAUCAAUAUGAGGGUUACUAAGUAAAAAGGGACAAGUAAGGAACACAUUUUUGUCCAGUUGGGGAAACAAAACGGCACAUUUUAACUCUUCUCCGAGAACCGUUUUUAUCCACCCUUUCUCUGCUGUUCUGUGCGAAAUUCCUGGAUCAGAUCAUCUACUUCAGCACUGCACAGAAUGCCACCACUGUUCCUGCUUUGGUUGGAGAAAGCAUUGAAACAUCUUGUUGUGUUGUGUGGCUCCAUCUUGAGGGCUCUGCAGGCAGCAGUUGCCUGGAAUGAAGUGUCUGCUGCUCUGAAAUGAUUUACAAAUGAUAACAAUCCAGUGAUGUGGUUUGUUACAGAAGUUUUGGAAACACAGUAUUUUAAAACUUCUUUCAUUAAAAUAAGGAAACAAGAAACACACACCAUUAAAACAUAAGGUUCGCCAUAUAAACACAA